AUGGUAUCAGCUAAGCUGGUCUUCAACCUGCUGGCGGUGUCCUUUAUCCUCUUCAACAUUGCCACUGAUUGGAACGUCUAUCGCACGCUGGUUGAGGACGUGCAAAAGUAUCGAAAGGUCGAGCCUGUGACGUCGCGGCCAACCUGCUCUUGCCUCUGCGUCAACACCACCCAUUGUACUACUCCAUUGAGCAGCGAUCCCCUUUGCGACAGCUUACAGUUUGCCGAUACACCCGGCGUCGGCGAUGUCUGCCUCGCGUAUGAGACGGUUCAUGUGAACAAGCAGGGGGACACCUGCAACUACACCUGGGACUACGGUCGCUUCGAUCACCUGCACGAUGAACUCAAUGAAACGCGCUGGGCCUCCCUCGUGCUCAAUUGCAUUCUGCUGCCAUUCACCAUCUUCUACAUCAUCCAUCUGCUGCGCCAAAUCAUGCAUGAGCCCACGGCCGAGGAGGAUCUUGAAAUGACCCACGCCACCGACCAAGCCACCAGUCAGGGCGUCAUUAGUGUUCAGCCGAGCUCGUCGUCGACCGAUGGCACGGUAGUCACCUCCAUAGAGACCCAGCCCACCACGCAAAAGCGCAAGGGGGCCCUGUCUUCCGUCAAUCGUCGCUUCGACCCGGAGACAGGGCAUCGUGUUGAGACCAUGGCCGACCACCGCAAUAAGGGCAUGAUUGCCUCCAAUGCUUUUCGCAAAUUUAUCCGUGUCCUUCAUUUGCGCGUCAUCUUCUUGAUUCUGGAAGACUUGCCCCAACUCUUCAUCCUCAUGCGUUAUGCCAUCCUCGUCUAUAAUGAUGAUGGUCUACGCUGCUCAGCCUGUGUCGGUGACGGCCGCGAGUGCUUUGCGCGAAGCGGUGGCUCAAAUCAAGCCAUUGUAAUAAGUGUUUCCGAUAUUUGCGACUGUUGCCAGUGCUGUGACAAGACCGAUGGCGAUGCGUGCUGCGGGUGUGACUGCUGCGAUUGCUGCUAA